AUGCCACGUGAAAAGAUUCCUAAGAGUCGCGUCAAAAACGCGCGCACUGAGCCCUACCGGAAGCCGGUUAAAGACACCGAAGCCAUCGACUCUGCGGUCUACCAAAGCGAGACCGAGGACAAGGACAAGCACGUGGGAAACGCGUGGCCAAAGGCAGAUGCAGCUCCUGCCGCCGGAGCCAAAGCUGCAUCGAAGAAGAGGGAAGGGCCAAGCACAAAGAAAGCCAGCGCCGACCUCCCUGACAGCUACCUUGACAUUGCACUCGAGGAGAAGGAGGGCGAAGUUCCUUGCUAUGAAGAUGCCGCAGCCGUGCGUCGCAAGCUGAAUGCGCUCCUUGACAAAAAGGCCAAGAUCCCCGGCUCCACCAAGACGUUCAACAAGACCAGUCUCUCCAAGGAGAUGUGCGACAUUGCUCAGAGCCACCAUCCAAUCAAGACCACGGCCGGCGUCCGUAACGACGGACCCAGCGUCAGGGCGCUCACCGCAUUUUUGAAGAAGAGCGGCAGCAUGGGCGGCGGGGAGUGCCAAGUCUUGCAGUUAUCAGAGAGCCUGCAACAUAUGCCGUCAAUGAUGACUCCACCGUUGCAUCGUCUGGAAGGACUCGAACAUGCUUUGCCUCUUGCCAAUGCCAGGAAUACGUUCGUGCGAAGAUAUGGCUUCGCGUACAGAGCACGAAACUAA